CGUGCAGACAAAAUGCAAGAUCAUAAUUUUACUCAUUUGCCUGGUUAAGGUGUUUCGUUUUGGAAAUGUCCUUGAUAACUCACUGAUCUGGUAGCCCGAGCUCUGGAAGCAUCUUCCGCUCAUUCCUGCAUCCGCGUUACCGCCUCUGCACCGACGAAUCGCAGCCAACCUACCUGCGCAUCCUUGAAUUAGUUGCCAAAAUGGCAUCGGGAGCGUCGGGAACUGGCUAGCAGGCGACGUGCGCGGCGUGCCGUGGUAUGAUGAAAUGGACCGUGCAUGUCCAAGAUAUUUGAGUUCAACAGCUUGGGAGUGUCUGGAUGCUAGUUAUUGAAAAUAAUGCCAGAAUGCCGCAGGCACUACCGUUGUGAAACUGGAUCCGGUCAAGCGGCGAAUGGGGUGACUUCUCCGGGAAGAAGGUCCCAGACGCGGGCCAUCGGAUUCAGCGCCUCCCGGGCGGACCCCCGGCUCUAACGGGGUCGUCUGGGGGGCAAUCCGAGAAAAUGCAGGAGGUGACGGUGGAGGGGGAUGAUCCCAUUUUAGACGGGACAAACCGAGAGGUGCAACGUCCGGUGAGGCAGUCCCUGAUCGCGUCUCUGUGUCGCGAGUCACACUGGAAGUGCCUGCUGCUGACCUUGCUGAUGUACGGCUGCUUCGGAACCCUGGGCUGGUGCGCCUUCAGCACCGUGCCCAUCCUCCCUUCCUCCUCCUCCUCGUCCUCCAUCUCCUCCUUCUCCUUCGCCGCCGCCCCGUUCGACCACUCCAACGACCCCACGCCGCCGCCCUACAGCUACGGCGACCUGGGCAUGACCAGCCCGUGCUCCAGCGGCUACGUCUACAUCCCGCUGGCCUUCCUGGCCAUGCUGUACGUGGUGUACCUGGUGGAGUGCUGGCACUGCUACUCCAAGACGGCCACGCUGGCGCAGGUGGAGGCGGCCGAGGUGUACGAGCGCGUGCAGCGGCUGCAGCAGGCCACGCCGUGCAUCUGGUGGAAGGCCAUCAGCUACCACUACGUGCGGCGCACGCGGCAGGUGACGCGCUACCGCAACGGCGACGCCUACACCAGCACGCAGGUGUACCACGAGCGCGUCAACACGCACGCCGCCGCCUCCGAGUUCGACUACGGCCGCUACGGCGUCAACGACGUGUCGCGCGACCUCCGCGGGCUCCUGGAGCAGCCGGCCGUGCGGCUCCGCUUCACCAAGUGCUUCAGCUUCGGCAGCGCGCGGGCCGAGGCCGCCUACCUGACGCAGCGCGCGCGCUUCUUCGGCGACAACGAGGGCCUGGACGACUACAUGGAGGCGCGCGAGGGCAUGCACCUGAAGAACGUGGACUUCCGCGAGCACAUGCUGGCCUUCCUGGACCCGGCGCGGCAGCCGUGGUUCGCGCGGCGCGCCGUCUUCUGGCUGGCGUCGGCCGCGCUGCUGUCGUGGCCGCUGCGCGUGGUGGCCGAGUACCGCACCGCCUACGUGCACUACCACGUCGAGAAGCUGUUCGGCGACCGCGACGAGAGCCGCUCGGGCGGCGGCGACGGCGGCGAAGGCGGCGGCGACGGCGAGGCGGCCAACAACGAGAGGAACGGCAGCGUCGGCGCCGCCGGCUCCAGCUACAGGGCCAUCUCGCGCGUCAACACCGUGGACAUGACCGAGCUGGAGUGGCACAUCCGCUGCAACCAGCAGAUGGUGCCCAGCUACUCCGAGGCCCUGCUGAUGGACCUGGACGCUGGCGGCGGCGCCAACCCGGCCGCGGGCCAAUCCGGAGCCCCGACGGGAGGAGGAGGCGGGAGCAACGGAGGCCCGGCCGCCCCCGUGGCGUUCGCCUCCGCCUACCUGCUCCAGAGCUGCCCUCGGUGCAGGCGCUCCACCAGCAGCGCGUCGCUGCCCUCCAGGCUGCGCGGCCCCGCGGCGGCCCUGCUCACGGGCACCAUGGCGGGCAUGAGGGCCAGCGUGGCGGUGCCGCCGGGCGCGGGGCCCGGGAGGCUGGUGCUCAGCCGCAGCGGCUUCUCCCUCGGGCGGCUGCAGGCCUCGCGCCCCGCGUCCCUGUUCCACUCGCGCAGCGUGGGCGGGGGGCUGGGGGGACGAGGAGACGACGGAGCCAUGUGA